ACAAUGACAAGGAGAAGCUGCACCGGUGCACAUGUUCCUUGGCAGGGAUUACCCCAGAUUAGGAAUAAGAACCGCCCGCUGAUUGGCUCAGCUCAAACCAUGCCACUUGGAACAGCUCAACAGGUUGGGAAUUACACCUGUCCAACGAUGGGCCUCAGAGAGCUGAGGGUGUCCAGCCGCUCCCGUCAGAACCGGGCCUGAGCGCGCUGAGCUCGGCCUCCGUUAGGAUGUAAAUGUAGAGGAAUCUGCAGAGCAGGCCGCUGGCUGCACAGAUUGGCGAUGGUGCUUUACCAGGGACCCCGGCUCCUGGACUUCACGAAGACCCCGCCGCACCUGCAGUUCAACAAGUACGUCCUGACGGGAUACCGGCCCGUGUCCACGGCUCCAGAGUGCCUCAGGAGCCUCUUCUACAUGCACAAUGAGCUGGGCAACAUCUACACUCACGGCAUUCCCUUCCUCCUCUUCAUGGUACUGCUGCCUUACAGUAUCCCCUGGAUGGAGGUGGACAGCACCUGGAUAUGUGUUGCCCAUUACCUGGCCUGCCUGUGCCCCACCAUCGGCUCGGUGCUCUACCACCUGUUCAUGAACCACGUCGGAGGUCAGCAUGUGUACAACACUCUGCUCUCCCUGGACAUGCUGGGCGUCUGCCUCGUUAACACGCUCGGAGCUCUGCCCAUCAUUUACAUCACCCUCCUCUGCUACCCCGCCCUCCAACGCACCGCCCUGCUGGCCUACAUCCUCCUGUCCGCCUACGGGAUCUACUGCGCCACCACAGCACACACCAACUUCCUGCGUCUGCGGGCCUUCGUCUGGCAGGCCCUGUUCCGCUUCAGCCUCUUCCUGUUCCGUGUCUAUGGCAACGGAGCGGGCAGCCCCGACUCCCUGCGCCUCUUCGUCAUCAUGGACACCCUGGCCGUGCUGGGGGGGCUGGUCAACGUGGUCCAGAUCCCCGAGCGCUUCAGCCCCGGCCUGUUCGACAACUGGGGCAACAGCCACCAGAUCAUGCACGUCAUGGUGGUCUGCUCCAUCAUCUACCUGCACUGGGGCACCAUGGAGGAUUUAGCCUGGAUCAACAGCUUCCAGUGUCCGGCUGAGUGACGCAGGCCGCUUCAAAACGCACUUUAGUCCUAGCUGCUUCCAACUCUCUUCAGCAGAGGUGAAGAAGGAGAAUCGGAUUAAAAUCCUGAGCAUACUUGAUGCAUAGUUCUGCUGAUUUGCAGUAGUUUGACCCAGAAUGACAAAAGACGAGUCUGCAAACUUGCAAUGCACAAUAAAGUAUAUAUUUUUAUAUCUUGGGCUGAGGUGUUUAUUUCAUGCAAGAAGUGAAAUGAGUCUCAACAGCAUGGUUCUCCUGUUUAAUCUAAAAAAAAAAAAAAAA